AUGAGGAGGCGCGGCGCCUGGGCGGCGCUGGCGGCCGUGGUGGCCGCGGCGUGGCUGGUGCGGGCGGCGCGCGGGGGGCCCGGCGGGCCCGGGGGCUUCGCGGCGGCGGCGGCGGCGGCGGCGGCCGCGGCGCAGCCCGACCCCUGCUCGGACGAGCACGGCCACCCGCGCCGCUGCAUCCCGGACUUCGUGAACUCGGCCUUCGGGCGCGCCGUGCGCGUGUCCAGCACGUGCGGGCGGCCCCCCGCGCGCUACUGCGUGGUGGCCGAGCGGGGCGAGGAGCGGCUGCGCUCGUGCCAGCUGUGCAACGCGUCGGACCCGCGGCGCGCGCACCCGGCAGCCUUCCUCACCGACCUGAACAACCCGCACAACCUGACGUGCUGGCAGUCCGAGACGUCGCCGCCGUUCCCGCACAACGUCACGCUCACGCUGUCGCUGGGCAAGAAGUUCGAGGUGACCUACGUGAGCCUGCAGUUCUGCUCGCCGCGGCCCGAGUCCAUGGCCAUCUACAAGUCCAUGGACCACGGGCGCUCGUGGGUGCCCUUCCAGUUCUACUCCACGCAGUGCCGCAAGAUGUACAACCGGCCGCCGCGCGCGCCCAUCACCAAGCAGAACGAGCAGGAGGCGGUGUGCACCGACUCGCACAGCGACCUGCGCCCGCUGUCGGGCGGCCUCAUCGCCUUCAGCACGCUGGACGGCCGCCCGUCCGCGCACGACUUCGACAACUCGCCCGUCCUGCAGGACUGGGUCACGGCCACCGACAUCCGCGUGGCCUUCAGCCGGCUGCACACGUUCGGCGACGAGGGCGAGGAGGACGCCGAGCUGGCCCGCGACUCCUACUUCUACGCCGUGUCCGACCUGCAGGUGGGCGGGCGCUGCAAGUGCAACGGCCACGCGGCGCGCUGCGUGCGCGACGCCGCCCACGGCCCCGGGAACGGGCCCCACGGCGCCGACGGCCCCGGCGGCGGAGGAGGCGGCGGGGGCGGCGGAGGAGGCGGCGGAGGAGCCGGAGGGCUGGUGUGCGACUGCAAGCACCACACGGCCGGGCCCGAGUGCGACCGCUGCAAGCCGUUCCACUACGACCGACCCUGGCAGCGCGCCACGGCCCGCGAGGCCAACGAGUGCGUGGCCUGCAACUGCAACCUCCAUGCCCGCCGCUGCCGCUUCAACAUGGAGUUGUACAAGCUGUCUGGGCGCAAAAGCGGGGGCGUCUGCCUCAACUGCAGGCACAACACUGCCGGCCGCCACUGCCACUACUGCCGCGAGGGCUACUACCGGGACCUGAGCAAGCCUAUCACGCACAGGAAGGCCUGCAAAGCAUGCGAUUGCCACCCAGUGGGAGCGGCCGGCAAGACCUGCAACCAGACCACGGGUCAAUGUCCCUGCAAGGACGGCGUAACUGGCAUCACGUGCAACCGCUGUGCCAAAGGCUACCAGCAGAGCCGAUCUCCCAUCGCCCCAUGCAUCAAGAUCCCGGCGCCUCCGCCCACCACGGCUGCCAGCAGCACUGAGGAGCCCGAAGACUGCGAUUCCUACUGCAAGGCCUCCAAAGGGAAGCUGAAGAUUAACAUGAAAAAGUAUUGCAAGAAAGACUAUGCUGUCCAGAUCCAUAUCCUGAAGGCGGACAAGGCAGGAGACUGGUGGAAGUUCACAGCCAGCGUCGUCUCCGUGUACAAGCAAGGUGCCAACCGCAUCCGGCGCGGCGACCAGACCCUGUGGGUCCGCUCCCGGGAUGUGGCCUGCAAGUGCCCCAAGGUGAAGCCCCUGAAGAAGUACCUGCUGCUGGGGGCGGGGGAGGACUCUCCGGACCAGAGCGGCCUCGUGGCCGGCAAGACCAGCCUGGUGAUCCAGUGGCGGGACACGUGGGCCCGGAGGCUGCGCAAGUUUCAGCAGCGGGAGAAGAAAGGGAAGUGUAAGAAGGCCUAGCGCGAGCGUGCGAGCGGGACAGUGCGCGUGCGUGCGAGAGUGAGUGAGCGAGCGAGCGGAGCGCGGGAGCACCGGGAGCGCACAACGCUUCAAGUAGACGCUGGGGCUGUGGGAUCCAACAUG